AGAGAGAGAGAGAGAGAGAGUGAGAGAGAGACCCCACUGCAUAGCGUUACUCCCAGAUGAACCACAAUCACAUUCAUGGUCUUUUUAAAUUGAUGUCUCCUCUUAUACCACCUUUUGACACUGGACGGUGCUCUUGUAUCCGCAUUCAACGCGAGGAACGCCUCAUCCCCGGCUUGGUUUUUGAGGUUUGUCUCGACGACACGGAGAGGACCACACUCCCCCCAUCGUUAGCUCGCUAAGCUAGCUAGCCCGCUAACUUAGCUGUGAUACUUUGUACCGUAUCGGCGUCAGUUUUCUGCCUCGUAGCUAGCCUGCGGUCUCUUGCGCCACAGCGGUGGAUUGAGGUGCCCUGCCACUGUAGGAGCAUGAUCGAGUGACCAGCGAAGGAGGAAGUGGGAUCUCUGACGCUCCGCCCCUUCUGCUGGUGGAGCACCCUGCACAUCUGACUAGAGACCUCUUUAGUCACUUGGACAGGAUGCGGAGGUUCGCCUACUGUAAGGUGGUUUUGGCCACCUCUCUGGUGUGGGUGAUGCUGGACAUGUUCAUUUUGCUCUACUUCAGUGAGUGCAACAAGUGUGACGACAAAAAGGAGAGAGGACUGCCUGGGAGACAAGAUGCCCUGACCAGGCCGCGGGACGGGCCCGGCGAAGGGGGAAAGCCUGUGGUGAUCCCUAAGGAGAACCAGGACAAGAUGAAGGACAUGUUUAAGAUCAACCAGUUCAACCUCAUGGCCUCUGAGAUGAUUGCUCUCAAUCGGUCACUACCUGACGUCCGCCUGGAAGGGUGCAAGAACAAGUUAUACCCCGAUAAUCUUCCUCGUACCAGCGUGGUGAUUGUAUUUCACAAUGAGGCGUGGAGCACACUGCUGCGAACCGUCCACUCCGUCAUCGACCGCUCUCCACACACACUGCUGGAGGAGAUUGUUCUGGUGGACGAUGCCAGUGAGAGAGAUUUCCUAAAGCGGCCGUUGGAGCAAUAUGUCAGAAGGCUUGAAGUCCCUGUCAGAGUGGUGAGAAUGGAGCAGCGGUCUGGACUUAUUCGUGCUCGCCUCAAGGGAGCGUCCAUCUCCACUGGCCAGGUCAUCACCUUUCUGGAUGCUCAUUGUGAAUGCACAACAGGGUGGCUAGAGCCUCUGCUCGCCCGCAUCAAGCAAGACAAGAGAACUGUAGUGUGCCCCAUCAUCGACGUGAUCAGCGAUGAUACUUUUGAGUACAUGGCAGGAUCCGACAUGACUUACGGUGGCUUCAACUGGAAGCUCAACUUCCGCUGGUACCCUGUACCCCAGAGAGAGAUGGACCGCCGCAAAGGAGACCGCACGCUGCCUGUCAGGACUCCCACCAUGGCAGGCGGCUUGUUCUCCAUAGACAGAGAUUAUUUUCAGGAGAUCGGCACAUAUGACGCAGGCAUGGACAUCUGGGGUGGAGAGAACCUGGAAAUCUCUUUUAGAAUAUGGCAGUGCGGUGGGACUCUAGAGAUUGUCACAUGCUCUCACGUGGGCCACGUGUUCAGAAAGGCAACACCCUACACUUUUCCUGGAGGAACGGGACAGAUCAUCAACAAAAACAACCGACGACUGGCAGAAGUCUGGAUGGAUGAAUUUAAAAACUUCUUUUACAUCAUCUCUCCUGGUGUGACUAAAGUGGACUACGGUGACAUCACAUCUCGCACGGCUCUGAGACAAAAGCUUCAUUGUAAACCCUUCAGUUGGUACUUGGAGAACGUCUACCCUGACUCUCAGAUCCCCAGACACUAUUACUCCCUGGGAGAGAUCCGUAACGUGGAGACCAACCAGUGCCUGGACAACAUGGCCCGCAAGGAGAAUGAGAAAGUCGGCAUUUUCAACUGCCACGGCAUGGGAGGCAACCAGGUUUUUUCUUACACGGCCAAUAAGGAGAUCAGGACAGAUGACUUGUGUCUAGACGUGUCCAAGCUCAACGGACCCGUCAUGAUGCUCAAGUGCCAUCACCUCAAAGGCAACCAGCUCUGGGAGUACGACCCUGUGAAGCUGACCCUGAUCCACGUCAACAGUAACCAGUGUCUGGACAAGGCCAGCGAGGAGGACAGCCAGGUGCCCAGCGUCAAAGACUGCUCACCCACACGCUCCCAACAGUGGCUACUCCGCAACGUCACACUACCAGAGGUCUUCUGACCACACUCUGCACACUCCCAAACACACACACUCUCACACACACAGCGGCCCAGGGUAAGCAAUCAGGGUAAUAGACGUGUUUAUUAAAAUUGGGCACAAGGAAAGGAGAGACUUCCCACGAGGGGAUUUCGGGAAGAGAGGAGGACGGAUUGGACGGUACUACCUCUGCCAGAGAUAAGGAGGGAGGAGUGUGUUUGACCCUCCUCGGAGUGACAGAAGAGGAAAGACUCCGUCUAGGAGACAAUGGCUGUUGUUUUAAAGAGAUUUUAACCGCAGAGAGUGACUCACCGCUGGGUGCGAAUUAUGAGACUGGCCAGUGGAGUCAAGGUUUGCACUCACAGCUUCCCUGGACUGAACAGUCCACCCCUCAUCUCAUCAAUUAACGUUUACUCACUGCCUCUUAUGAGAGUGUGUGCACUUACGUGUGUGUGUGUGUGUGUGUGUGUGUGUGUGUGUGUGUGUGUGUGUGUGUGUGUGUGUGUGUGUGUGUG